AUGAACGGAAUGGAAAGUGUUGAUGAUGAAGUCAGUUUGCUGGCUCCCUUUGAGUAUAUACGAACUAUGUCUGGAAAACAGAUCAGAAGCAAGCUAUCUCUGGCUUUUAAUGAAUGGCUGGAUGUUGAACACUCCCUUCUAACUUCUAUAAUGGAGAUUGUGGAAAUGCUUCACAACGCAUCUCUCAUGAUUGAUGAUAUUGAAGACAGUUCUGUUCUUAGGCGAGGAUUGCCAGUUACUCAUAGCAUCUAUGGAACCCCUAGAACCAUUAAUACUGCAAAUUAUGUGUACUUUGUCGCAUUGGAAAAGUGCUUAAAGUUGAACUCCCAGGAAGCCACCCAGAUUUUCACAGAGCAACUUCUGGAGUUGCACAAAGGACAAGGUAAAGAGCUUUUCUGGCGCGAUUCCCUCAUAUGUCCAAAUGAAAACCAAUAUGAAAUGAUGGUCAUUCAAAAAACUGGCGGAUUAUUCUUUCUUGCUGUUCGUCUAAUGAGUCUGUUUAGUACAAAGAAGAAAGAUUUCCAUAAUUUGUUACGUCUACUAGCCCUGUAUUUUCAAAUAAGGGAUGACUAUUUGAACUUGGUUUCAAGUGAUAUGGCUAAACUGAAAACUGUGGCCGAGGAUUUGACUGAGGGGAAGUUUUCUUUUCCAAUAAUUCAUUCAAUUCAAAACUUCGCGAACAAACAUGAUGAUCCUGUUCUGAACAUUUUGAGGCAAAGGACAACUUCUGUGGAUGUCAAGCAAUAUUGUAUCAAACUCAUGGAAGAGAGAGGAUCCUUCCGAUAUACAGUUGAACGCUUGAAUAAUCUAAGUGAACAAAUCAACAACGAGCUGGUUAGUUUAGGUGGAAACCGCAAGCUGGAAGACGUGAUGAGUUUACUGCAAGAAAGCAUUCUUUCCAAAUGA